AUGGAUGUCCCAAUUGCCGCCAACGUGCUCGGCACCAUCGGCGCGAUCUGCUGGUCCAUCCAACUCAUCCCCCAAAUCGUCAUCAACCACCGCCGGCACCACGCCGCCGGCCUCCAACCCGCCAUGAUGAUGUGGUGGGCCGUCGCCGGCGUCCCCCUCGGCGUCUACAACAUCGUGUCCGGCUUCCCCGUCGCGCUGCAGGUCCAGCCGCAGCUGCUCUCGCUGCUCUCCCUCGCCACCUGGAUCCAGUGCCACCACUACCAGCGGCGCUGGCCGCUCGCGCGCUCGCUCGGCGUCGUCCUGCCCGUCGCGUGCGCCUUGGCGGGCGUCGAGGCGGGGCUGGUCGUCGCGCUGCGCCAUGGCGUCGGGGUCGGGACGCGGUGGCCGUUGCAGCUGAUGGCGGGGCUGGCGGCGGGGGCGCUGGCGGCGGGCGUGUUGCGGCAUUAUUGGGAUAUUUGGCGGUGGCGGACGGUGAGGGGGAUUUCGUUUUUGUUUGUGGGCAUCGAUGCGGCGGGGGAUCUGUUCAGUCUGGUUGCGGUGUUGUUUCAGCCGGGCGAGCUGGAUGUGCUGGGGCUGGUUACGUAUGGGGUUGAGUUGGCGCUGUGGUUGGGCGUGUUUGCGUGCGGGGGGUAUUUCAACUUGUGGCCGUGGUUGAUGAAGAGGAGUAGGAUGAGGGCGGCGGGUGGCGGCGGUGAGAAUGGGGAGAGUGGUUCUGAUGCUGCUGCUGCUGCUGCUCAAUCUGAGAGCGGCGACGAUGGGGGAGUGGACACGUCCGUCUCGGGACAGGGUGUGGCGGAGAGCAGUGCGGUGGAGUUGCAUGACCUGCCGUCGUCGACCUCUGUGUUUAGGACGCCGUCAUGUGAGCUGGCCCUCGCGAGAUCAAGGACUGGCGGGAGUCGAAGAUCAGAUGGAAGGUCAGGAAGUGUGGCAUGUUAG